GAUUCUGGCAGCAGCGGGAGCUGAGAAUCAGAUUCACCACGAGGAGUAUUGUCACCGUGAGAGACUGUUGGAAGGAUCGCCACGUUAUUCAGUCUGUCGGUCUGUCUCUCUGCCAGUCUGUGUGUGUGUGUCUCUGCCAGUCUCUGUGUGUUUGUGUUUCUGUGCGUUGAUCCGUAAAGAACAUUGUGGAGUGUGGACCAUGAAGCUGAAUCGGAUUUGCCUCCAAAUCAGCGGAAACAGACAGAAGAGGAACUUGGGACAGGAAGAGUGAUAGCUGGUGAUCUCUGAUAAAAAUGAGCAGCAAUAACAACCAACCACUCUCACUGAGGAAACGAUGAACCUGUCGUGGUUUACUGACGCCAACGAACAUCUGAGGAAUAUUAAAACGGACCACCCUUAAUGAAGGGAGGUGUUUAGGACCAGAUAGAAACUGGUCAGUACCGCAACAGAAUAUUUUACUGGGGGAACUGGUCAGUACCGAAACAUCUUACCUUCAGCACCAAAACAGAAUCUGUUACUGGGGAAACUGGUCAGUACCGAAACAUCUUACAGAGGAACCUUCAGCACCAAAACAUAAUUUCUUACUGUUCAGUAUGGAACAUGUCUCAUUGAAGAAACUGUUCAGUACCAAAACAACUCCCUGAGGAAACUGUUACGAACCCAUAUAUAUCUUACUGAAGACAGUUCAGUCCCAGCGAGCCGAGCGGAGUCAGGAUGUUCGGUCCCCAGACGACAUUAAACCCAGAUUGGAUUUGGCGUUGCGUCUCUUCGUGGAGUGGAGAAGAGGAGAAAGGGAGUGGAGAGAAGAGAAGAGGUUUCUAUUUGUGCUGAUAGUGUGUGAUCGAAAGAGAGAGGACGACAUCGUGAGACGGCUGAUAAUUCAUAAACUUCAGUCUUUAUAGAAAUACAGAAAUAUGUCAAAUAAUAACAAUGUUUCUAAUCACCAUAAUCAAUCAUCAAUGAAAAGACAGUUGACUUAAGAUAAAAGCAUGGAUUCAGGAGAGUGAAAGUCACUAGUUUGGAUGUCAUAUUCAGGAGAGUGAAAGUCACUAGUUUGGAUGUCAUAUUCAGGAGAGUGAAAGUCACUAGUUUGGAUGUCAUAUUCAGGAGAGCACAAGUUGUACGAUGGGAGGACAAGUUUCAGACCCUGGCAAGAACAUAGACACUCUUCCUGUAUUGAUUGAUAUUGAGUGAUUUGCGCAACAUGCAAGUGCAACAGGUUAGGUUUAGGAAUGCUAGCGAUUGGUUAGGGUAAGGUUAGAUUUAGGCAUGCUAGCAAAGUGGUCAAGGUUCAGGAUAAGGUUUGUAAACAAAAACACACCAAAACAACAACACACUGGGAUUCAAACCGCAUUACAGUCCUGGAUUCAAAGCCCAUCACAUUACUCCCUCUGCCACCCUGUUUCCACUAACAGGAUGGAAUGAUCGGAAUGUACUGGGAUCUUUGAAUGCCCAGACACUGAUUGAGACUGUCCAUGCACUGGAUAUUCCAACUCAACUGUAAGCUAACAUAACCAGCAAACACUACAGUGGAGGUGGAUCUAACAAGUAGACUUCAAGUGGACACUAUGAUGUUGUGUGUAACUGGUUUGAGCAGUGUGAGAUGGAUGGCUCGGCCUGGUCAGAGGAGUGUGUGUACGUGUGUGACGCAGAUGGUUCUGAUGUGUCUGACCGUCCUGUCGUCCUGUCUGUCCGUCUGGGCUGAAGACCAAAUCACCUUUGACCACCAUGCUGUCUACUGGAACAGCACUAACCCCAGGUUCCACCAUGACUACAGGGUUGCGGUCAGUAUAAAUGACUACCUGGACAUCUACUGUCCAUUCUACACCAACGGCCCCCCGGCUCACGGUCGAAUGGAACGCUAUAUCCUGUUCAUGGUCAACCACGAGGGGUACACUUCCUGUCAACACAGGAUGAGGGGGUUCAAACGCUGGGAGUGCAACCGUCCUACCGGUCAUGACGGACCCCUGCGCUUCUCAGAAAAGUUCCAGCUGUUUACGCCUUUCUCCCUGGGCUUUGAGUUCAGGCCGGGGCACGAAUACUACUAUAUCUCUUCUCCUCAUCCCAACCAUGUAGGGAGGCCGUGUCUGAGGCUGAAGGUGUAUGUCAGACCCCCGGGCAGUUCAGGGUUUGAAUCUCCAGAGCCCUUUCUGACUGAUGGAGGUCCAGACUGGGUCCCAGAGUCCCUGCUAGCCCCAGCCCUAAUACCCAGCCUAGCCUCACUGCUACUGGGCUUCCUCUCAUCGCUGUGACCCCCCCUUCCCCUAGAGCAACACCUAGACCAGAGUCUUUGCUAGAAGACUGCCUGUAGGACUGCCUGGCUGACUGUCCCUCAAACCCCCACACGCUCAGGGAGAAACUCUCUUUCAGUCCUGGAUUAAAAACCACUGUGGGUCCCCAGGACAAGCAUUUACAGCCCCUGGGUUAAUUCAUGGAUGAAGAGCCCCUGGUCUAAACUUAACCCUAACCCCCCUGGGGAGUCUGAAGGGACAUGGCUGGGGGGUGGGGGUCGUUGGCUGGACACACAUAUGCAUGACCACUGUGAAUCUGGACUGAACUGACUAAACUGAUGGUGUUUCUGUUAUGCUUACAUGAUCACAUGUCAUUUAACUGAAUAUGGUUCUACAGAUGAUGUCAUGGUUAUAUUUGAAAUGGCAGUUAAUUAGACUUCCAAAGUGCAGAUCUGACACUAAGAAGCCUUCUGAUGGACAGAGAAACCAUUUAUAUUUACUGCUGCAACCCCCAGCCCACAGAGGGAAGAGGAGAAGAGGAGAAGGGGGAGAGGGAAACAUGCAGUGUGAGAGAGAGAAAUAAACAAAGAGAAGGAGAGAGAAAGAAAGAGAGUGUCUGGUGACCGAGACUUCUUUAAUGUCGGGAAGGGAACAUAAUGAGAAAGCACUGUGAUCACACACACACACACACACACACACACACAACACACAAACAAACAA